UGCCAUAACCAUCCAUUCUUUCCGAGAGAGAGAGAGAGAGAGAGAGAGAGAGAGAGAGAGAAUGGGUUUCCUCACCAACUUAGAGAAGCCUCAUGCAGUAUGCAUCCCAUUCCCAGCGCAAGGCCACAUAAACCCAAUGCUGAAACUAGCAAAACUCCUCCACCACAGAGGCUUCCAUAUCACCUUUGUUAACACAGAGUUCAACCACAGACGCCUCCAAAAAUCCCGAGCUCUCAACGCCCUCGAUGGAACUCCCUCGUUCCAGUUCGAAACGAUACCCGAUGGACUCCCCGAGUCCGACCUGAAUGCCACACAAGACGUCCCGUCUCUUUGUGUGUCCACUAGCAAAAACUGCUUGGCUCCUUUUAGAGAUCUUCUCUCCAAACUAAAUGACACUGCUUCAUCGAACGUCCCACCCGUCACUUGUAUAGUCUCUGACGGUGCCAUGACCUUCACUAUCACCGCUGCUGAAGAGUUGGGCAUUCCUGAUGUUCUGUUCUGGACAGGUAGCGCUUGUGGCUUUAUGGGCUUUGUUCAGUUGCCCAAUCUUAUUGAAAAGGGCUAUGUACCACUCAAAGAUGUGAGCUAUUUGAAUACAACUAUAGACUGGAUACCUGGCAUGGAAGGCAUCCACUUGAAGGAUGUGCUAUCUUUAACUCUAACCUCCAGCCUAGAUGAUAAUAUGGCGGGGUAUUGUUUGGGCGAAAUCAAUAACGCUCAUAGAGCUUCUGCUAUUGUUUUCAACACAUUCAAGAAACUUGAGCAUGGCGUUUUGGACCCUCUCUCUUCCAUUUUCCCUCGGAUUUUUCCUGUAGGACCUUUGCACUUACUCAAGGAUGAGAUCAACGACGACAAACUGAGCUUGAUUGGAUGA